AUGCUGGAGAGAAACAUCACUCUGGUUAGUGAAUUCAUCCUGGUGGGCUUCCCUACCGCCCCCUGGCUGCAGAUCCUGCUCUUCUUCCUCUUCCUCAUGGUCUACCUGCUGGUGAUAAUUGAGAAUCUUACCAUCAUGCUCACUGUUUGGGUCACUGGUUCCCUCCAUAAACCCAUGUACUAUUUCCUGAGCAGUAUGUCCUUCCUGGAGGUCUGGUAUGUCUCCGUGACAGUCCCCAAAAUGCUAGAUGGAUUUCUCCUGCAGAGACGGCACAUCUCCUUCACAGGCUGCAUGACCCAGCUCUACUUCUUCAUCUCUCUGGCCUGUACGGAAUGUGUUCUUUUGGCAGCCAUGGCCUAUGAUCGCUAUGUGGCCAUCUGCCACCCUCUCCGAUACCCAGUUAUCAUGACCACAGGUUACUGUGUGCAGCUGGUGGCUUUAUCUUAUAUGAGUGGCUUCACAGUCUCUGUGAUCAAGGUCUAUUUCAUUUCACAUGUUGCCUUUUGUGGCUCCAAUGUCAUGAACCACUUUUUCUGUGACAUCUCUCCAAUCCUCAAAUUGGCUUGCAAAGACAUGUCCACAGCUGAGCUUGUGGACUUUGCCUUGGCUAUUGUCAUUCUUGUGCUUCCUCUCAUCACCACUGUCCUCUCCUAUGUCUACAUUGUUUCCACCAUCCUGCGAAUACCUUCUACCCAAGGAAGAAAGAAAGCCUUCUCUACCUGUGCCUCCCACCUCACUGUAGUAAUAAUAUAUUAUACAGCCAUGAUUUUCAUGUAUGUCCGUCCCAGGGCUAUUGCAUCAUUCAAUUCCAACAAACUGAUCUCAGCUGUGUAUGCAGUCCUCACACCCAUGCUAAAUCCAUUCAUCUACUGUUUAAGGAAUGAAGAAGUCAAGAGAGCAAUUAGAAAGACUUUAGGAGGUGGUCAGUGCUUGCUCAGCUAA